AUGUCUACGGACGUGCCUCGUCAUAUUCGGGAGGCGGCCGUGCCGCUGCCGAUGGCGCCGCGCCGCGCAGUGUUGCAGAGUCUGUCGACCCAGGAAACAGUGCCUGUGCAGCGUCACCAGGCCGAUGCCCCCCUGUACAAGUUGAAUGAAAAUGGUCUGCAUACAGAAGCACAAAAGGUGGUACAAGAUCGCAUUCGUGAGCAGCAGCCCCGUGUCCAUCGUGACCAUUUGGCCCCGUUGGAGGGCAUCCACAAUGUCCCGCCGUCGGGUGCGCAGCCACCGAUUGCGAAGGAGACGACGAGCAAGAAGCCCCAGCUUCCGACGCCCCCACGGGUGAUUGUCGACCCUGAGGGCCAGCAGUACGAGCGCCAUGCGAUGUUGGGCCAAGGUGGCUUUGCUCGCGUUUACCACGUCACCAACAGCCGUGGCGAGGACAAGGCAUUCAAGGUGAUUGCGAAGAGCGCCAUUAUGCAGUCUAAGAAGAAUCGCCAGAAGAUUCUUGCGGAGAUUAUGAUUCAUAAAUCGCUCAAGCACGUCCACAUCGUGGCUUUUGAGGACGUGUUUGAGGAUGCUGAGAACGUAUACUUCGUGCUUGAGCUGUGCCACAACGGCAACAUGAAUGACAUUGUGAAGCGCCGUGGCCCAUAUCUUGAGAGUGAGGCGCGUUACUUUAUGGUACAGAUCCUUGCGGGGAUUCAGAACAUGCACAACAACUCGGUGAUCCACCGGGACCUGAAGCUCGGUAAUGUGUUCCUUGACAAGGACAUGCAGGUCAAAAUUGGAGACUUUGGACUAGCUGCGCUCCUGAAGUAUCCAGAGGAGCGGAAGAAGACGGUUUGCGGCACGCCGAACUACAUUGCGCCUGAGAUCUUGUAUGAUCAAGGCGAGGGUCACAGCUUUGAGGUGGACAUUUGGUCUGUUGGUGUGAUUUUGUACACGCUGUUGGUCGGCCGCCCGCCUUUCCAGACAAGCAACGUGCAAAAGAUCUAUGACCGCAUACGCCGUAACGAGUACGAGAUUCCGCCGGAGGCGAACUUGUCGCCUGAAUCGAAAGAGCUGAUACGCCAGAUCCUCUCGCAGCGCCCGUCCGAGCGUCCCUCUCUGCAGGAAAUCAUGCAUCACCCGUGGUUCCAGGCGGGCACUGUGCCUCUUAGUGUGCCGUCGUCGGCCGUGUACCAUCAACCUUAUAUCCCUACCCUCUCUGAUGCCGAGAGCCGACGAAACUUUGAGGAGCUCAAGACGCGUGCUCAUUGGCAAAGCGAGGAACAAGAGGCGGCCGCGCUUGCACGCACGCCGCCACGCAGUGCGCGCCAAGAAAUGUGUGUGCUCGAGGCAGCUGAAGAAGAUCGUGAUCGCAUAGACCGUGAAUCUCAGCGCGCGAUUGAUCCGGGCAGUCCCAUUUCGACGCUGCUGAAAGUGGGCCGGCAGCCGCUCAUGAGGGUGCCGCAGGCCACAGGCGGGAGCCUCGCCUCCCGGAUGCAGGACAUGCAGCUGCAAGACAAGGCGCCGCAACGCGCCGUGCCGCGCCGUCCGCUGACGGCGAUGGAGCUGACGGAGCACUACUUGAGCCAAGCACUGGCACAUCUGGAUCACGGCAUCAUCGAGCCGAUGGUGCCUGUCGAUCCCAAUGGCGACGUCGUGACGGUGCCGCUGCCGAACGUCAUUGAUGGAGAGCAUGGCCAGCUGCGUCUUAAGCCGGAUGCGCCGCGUCUCUUUAUCAUUUCGUGGCUUGAUCACUCGGAAAAGUACGGUCUGGGCUAUGCGCUGUGCAACGGCACCGUCGGCGUGCACUUCCGCGACUCGACGAGCAUGGUUCUUGCUCCUGCUCGCCAAGCCUUUGACUAUGUAUACACGGUGCGGCAGCGCACGGCGCACGAGCGGCACGACCAGCUGCGGCGGGAGAACUAUGCGCUGCCGCCGUCGCUCGGCCAGCUUGAAUGGCUGCCGCAUGAGCUCGUGUCCAAGUUCAAGCUGCUGCGCUUUUUCGAGAGCGAGAUCAUGGAGCGCCUGUACGGUGCCGACAGCCCGCUCACGUACGUCGACGAGCAGGCGACGUCGCAUCUUGGCUUUGUGCACAAGUGGUACCGCUGCAAACAGGCCAUUGUGUUCCGCCUGAGCAACGGCACUGUGCAGUUCAACUUUUACGAUCACACCAAAGUGUUUUUGUCGUGCGACGGCCUCGUUAUCUCAGCGAUCGAGCCUGUCGACCGCACGGACGGCGUGCCCAUUCUCCGCACGUGGACGCUGUCGGAGCUCGUGGCGAUCGCGCAUCCGAGUCGCUCGGCCACCGAGGCGGCCGCGCACGAGGCGGCCCAGUUCCCGACCUAUUUCCAGACGAAGCCCAGUGAGCGUCGCUUCGUGCGCCAAGUCCUCAAGAAGCUGCGCUACGUACGGGACGUGCUUCUGACGACCACCAACGCAUCCACGGCCUAA